CAUCAGUGAAGCACUCAAACACCGGAAAGGAGAGGCAAAAACAGCACGGAAGGAGAAGUAGAGGGUGGAAGUGUGAAGAAACUCAGAAAGAAAGAAGAGAUGAGCGGUGAAGGUCCGUAUGGCGAUGGAGAGAAGGGUCUUCUAUGGAGGCUUCCGGUAUUGAAAUCGAAGCAACUGGGGAAACUCGGCCCUGCUUUCGGCCUUGGCGCUGGCUGUGGUUUCGGUUUCGGCAUCGGCCUUCUCGGGGGUGCAGGCAUUGGUCCUGGAUUUCCAGGGCUACAGUUGGGGUUUGGGUUUGGUGCUGGAUGUGGGGUUGGAUUAGGAUUUGGUUAUGGAAUUGGGAAGGGUAUUGCAUAUGAUGAGAACCGAAGAUAUACAAAUGUAGGGAAGCUUUUUCAUGGAUCUGGAAAUCUCCCUCAGGACGAGAUCAGUGCUCUCAUUGAUGAGGUGGUCAUAAAUACCAAGAAGCUAAUUAGAGCAACUUCAAAAGAGAUAGAUAAGUGGAGAAGAUGAGAGAUAGUUCUGUCUCAGAUGUUGAAUCAUAUGAUACUUAUCAUUUCAGUGAAUGAUAUUAGCAGAUCAACGUGUUUAAUAGCAUAUUUCCUGUUCAUGCCUUUAUUUAUUUAUAUCAUUCUUUUUGCAUGUU